UCUCUUCCCCUCUGAAUAGUGAGUCUCACGCGCAGACAGACGCGUCUCAUAUGCGCACAUAGUCACAGACAGACCUGACCCGGACAUUAUCCCACGCGCCUGCACGCACGCACGCGCCCGCGCACACACAUACACACGCACAUAUUAUGCAUACAUAAUCUUAUGGCCAUAACCCUCCCAUCCUCACCCCACCCCCCCAAAAUCUGAUGACUCCCCGGAGUAGAGGUGGACGUGGUACGGAACCGGCUGGAGCAUCAUCAUCAUCAUCAUCGUCCUCAACGCUGCCCCUGUCAUCAUCUUCACCAACCUCCUCCUCCUCUUCCUCGCUAUCACCAUGUCCUCGUCGUCGCGCAAGAUCUCCUCCGAGUCGUUCAGCAGCUCGGUGGGCUCGGACUGCGGGCUCGAGAGCCCCGGCGGGGACGCGGGGGACGGCGGUCCAGAGCCGGGGGAGGAGAGCCGCGGCUGCCCCUUCUCCUCCUUCCACUCUGCCCCCAGAGCGGUGAUCUGGAACGGCCGCAGCCUCGCCGAGAGGCCGGCGUGCCCGGCGGGCGAGGAGCAGCAGCUGGGACCCGGCGGGCCGCACAAGAGGGUGACCAGGAGGAGACGGGUGAACUUGGACUCGCUGGGGGAGAGCCUCCGCCGGCUGACCUCACCCACGACGCCGAUGGUUCAGGAGGCUCUGCAGAGAACUCUACAAUUCUACAGACAACAAGAGAUCAGGUGUCAGGAGGUCUGCAGUGAAGAGCGGCGACGAGAGAAGAAAGAGGAGAAGUGCCCGUUUCUAGAAAACUCGGGUUCAGAGGAAGAUGUCUUACAAAUCCUACAGUACAUGGCCACCAUACUGGGAUUACCAUUCUGUGAGCUGCGGGAACAUUUUGGUGAGGAGUUCUUCAGCCUCUGCUUUGAGGAAAAUGAACGAGUGCUACGGGCUGUAGGUGGUAACCUCCAGGAUUUCUUCAACGGCUUUGACGCCAUUUUAGAACAUAUUCGAACCUCCACAGGACGUCGGGCCUCAUCGGAGAGCCCCUCCUUCCAGUGCAAGGAUCCCCAUGAGGAGGAGAAAGGGAGAAGAAAGUUGGACAACGCUGUAGAGCGAGGAGAUGGACAGGGAAAGGUGUUGCUACUUCACUGUUUCAACCCAGCUCCUGUUGUUGGAUUGGUCAUGCCAGGGUUGAUCAGAGCAGUCGCCAGGCGGAUCUUUUAUUCAGAGGUUGAGGUGGAGGAAGUGCCACCACUAACUCCUUUAUUACCCAAUGAAGAUACAGAGCACCCGGACGGCGACUCUACAACCCCGACUCCAACUGCGUCCCCCACUGCCUCACCCACCUCGUCUCCGUCCCCUCCCUCCCCUUUUUCAACCUCUGUCCCCACUGUGUGUCUGUCCUUCCAAAUCCAAGAGACACGCCCUCCUUCCCUGUCCUCCCUCCCCAAUGCUGCUUCAGUGAGCAGGCCUCCCCUCUCUCUUUCCACCAACCCCAGCGACCUGCGCAUCGCCAUGGCCACGUUCUGCCGUGCCUUUCCGUUCCACCUCAUCCUGGGGCCUCGCAUGGAGCUACUGCAGCUUGGAGAAGGACUGAGGCGACAGGCUCGCAUAGAGCCUCACCGGAACCUCUCCUUCAGGGAAUGUUUUGAGAUUGUUUCGCCCAAGAUGGAGCCUUCGUUCCAGGGCAUCCUGCUGAGGCUUGCCUCCCCGUUUACCAUCCGCACCAGGCCUGACGCCUCACAGACUGGUACCAAGGAGAAGGUCAUGGAACUGAAGGGUCAGAUGAUCCACGUGCCGGAGUCCAGCUCGCUGAUGUUUCUGGGCUCGCCGCGUGUUGAUAAGCUGGAGGAGCUGAUGGGCAGGGGCCUCUAUCUGUCAGACAUCCCCAUCCAUGAUGCCACACGGGACGUUAUCCUGGUUGGGGAGCAGGCUAAAGCCCAGGAUGGACUGAAGAAGAGAAUGGACAAACUUAAGGCCACAUUAGAAAGAACUCACCUGGCGCUGGAGGAGGAGAAGAGGAGAACCGUGGAUCUGCUUUACUCCAUAUUUCCAGGUGACGUGGCACAGAAACUGUGGCAGGGUCAGCCGGUGCCCGCUCGCAAAUUCGAUGAUGUCACCAUGCUGUUCUCGGACAUCGUGGGCUUUACUGCCGUGUGCGCCCAGUGCACGCCCAUGCAGGUCAUCUCCAUGCUGAACGAGCUUUACACGCGCUUCGACUACCAAUGCGGCAUUCUGGAUGUUUAUAAGAUCGAGACAAUAGGUGACGCGUACUGUGUAGCAGUAGGACUUCACAAGAAGGUCGACAGUCAUGCCAAACCAAUCGCACACAUGGCCCUGAAGAUGAUGGAACUUUCCGAGGAAGUGCUGACACCCGACGGGAAACCCAUCAAGCUGAGGAUAGGUAUCCACACAGGCUCAGUGCUGGCAGGUGUGGUCGGGGUUAGAAUGCCACGUUACUGCCUGUUUGGGAACAAUGUGACACUUGCCAGCAAGUUUGAAUCGGGGAGCCACCCGAGGUGUAUCAAUGUUAGUCCCACGACUUACCAGUUGCUGAAGGAUGACCGUUCCUUUUCGUUCAUCCCUCGCUCACGGUCGGAGCUCCCUGAUAAUUUCCCCAAAGACAUCCCAGGGAUGUGUUACUUCCUGGAGGCAGGGACGUCUCACAGCCAUGCAUCACUGACCAGCUCCCGCUCUGCUCCCCCAGCCUCUAUGAGGAAAGUCUCCUAUAGUAUCGGGACCAUGUUUCUAAGAGAAACAAGUUUGUAGGCCUCGUACACAGACUGGGAUGCGCAGGUAUUCAGUAUGCGAGAGGCUGGAUUUGGACAUGCGGUACAUGCAGCAGAUCGAUCGCUCGGAUCUUUGGAUAUGCAAUAUGCAUUACAUAAAGACUUGGAUUAAGGCUUGUGGGAUGGCCUGUGUGAACUUAAAAAACAUGCCCUCAUAUCCCCCUGUGAGAGGGAGACAUGGUUCAAAAGACUUGAGUCGCAGCAACCUGGAGCCUUCCCCAGGGAGGUGUACUGAUUAUUGGAGAAACCUUAAAAUAAAACUUGGUGUCCAGCUGGAUUCCUCAGCUUCAUAUGUGGUGUCCAGCUCUCUCAAGUGGUCCUCUCUCCUAAAUGCUACCAUUACUUGGAUCUAAACCUUGGGAAAAACCUGGAGAGAGACCAUUUACAUGAUGAGUGUUGCAAUCAUUAAUGUUGGAACAAAGCGGACGCUGAGGAACGAAGUUGUUUUUGGACUUAUGGUAGUUAACAACAUGGCUUCUUGUAUGAGGAUGACCACUGCUGACGAACACUACAGCUCCCCUUACUCGCCUUCCAACUGUCCCUAAAUCAUGUCAUGCUUUACUAAUCAUGCUCCUAACAUCUGCUACUUGUUACACCCAUCCGCUAACCUCAGACCAGUGGCGGAGAGAGAGACUAACGAGAGGCAUGUUUAAGGACAUAGAUUUGAAAAGGGGUCAUUAAAGGAUCAAUGCCAAAAAAACACACAAAACAACUAAUGCUGAUCUUGAGAGCCUUUUCUGCUUCUAACCCACAGCUAACUGUAACCAACAAUGACCCAGCCAUUUCAUUGCAGGUAAUAUGUUUAGGACUGAAAAUUAUUCCCAGCUCAGUGCCUUUUUAUUGCUCAAAUCAGGACAAAAACAAUAUGGAUUCAUUUGAAAUAUUUGAAACGGAAAAAAGAAGACGGAGCGCUUCAAAUAUUUUGCGGUUCCCAGAGAGCGCAUCUAAGUGUGAUUAGCUACACAGGAGAGUCAUGGUUUUGUAUGAGUGAAUGUUACGUGCCAAAAUUUAUGAGCCACAUUUAUACACUUGAUCUUGCAAGUCACUGGUACCUUAUCCCAGCAACCUACCAGGAAUCCCAACAAGCUGUGCACUUUAUUUUGACACAGUCAUCGUUACUAUUAUUGAGUAGCAACAUAAAUCAAGCGCUCCUCAAAGUGAUCAAAUAUUUGAAAUUCGAUCCAUUGGUUUUAGUCCAGAUAAAUCAAUAAUAAACACAAUAUAGUACUAAUAAUACAGAACUAUACUAACUUGUACAUGUAGUCACAGUAUGCACGCUUGACACGGCUCACAUUUACACAUAUGAUCUUUUUUUAUUGCAUUGUCUUUUACCACAUGGAUAGAGAAAAAGCAUAUACCAGCCCCUUGCAAGUAUAACAGGAUUCAAGUCUACUGGUUUAUUGGUAGAUUGAAGAUGACUUAAUCAAAAUGGAAAUCACAGGUUUUUUCAAUUACUUCAGCGUAGCUUAGUAUCCGACACACUGGCCAACAAAAUCAAGUUUUUUAAGGGUUAAAGUUGUCUUUGAAUAUUGUACCGAAUUGCCCACUUGGGUAAAUAUUUUAUUUAACUUGCAUUACAUUGCUUCAAACGUGAAGUACAAAUCAAAUUUCAAUACCAGAGUUCGAAUGAGCAGUUUACAGGCUGACAGAAAGUUAUAUUACAUUUUUAAAUGUUUAAUGAAAUGUUUAUAUCAUCAAAAGAGGUACACAGAGAGUUUUGAACAUAACCUAAAUCUAACUUGUUGUUGAUGACUAAAUCAUAAUAGAUUGAUAAAUAUUUAAUUAAUUAAAAUAAUUGUUUAAAAUAGCAGAAAAACAUUCGUUUUUUGUUUUUGAGAGUGUGAAACAUGAAGAACACUUUGCCAUUUGACUACAUUUUGCCAAAUUACUUGCUGGUUGCUGAGCCUCUAAAAUAUAUCAUGUAAUGUGCCAGUUGAAUUCUUAGAUCACAUCAGCAGCUUCUUCAGUAAAGGUUCGGUUCCCACUGCCUGUUUGAAACAUUUCAGUAGUGAAACACUUUGUCAACCCACUGAUCCGAGGUGGCAAAAUGAUCAUUGUUUGCUAGCUUAACACAUCAUAGCAGGAAAACAUCAGACAGGUAAUUUACUUCUGACACAAAAACUAAAACCCAUCAACAGCUGAACAUUUCACACCCUAAAGAGCAUUGCGUCCGUGAACUGAGACUGACACCAGCACUACAAUUUGCAAAUAUAGGAGGAAAUUGUCAAAAUGAUCUGCCAUUGUGAGGAAGUAUAAUCAUCACUUAAAAAUUAAGAAAAUCAGAUUUUUUGAGAAUCGAGCAAUGAUAUUAUGAGAAUAAAGUUGUUAUAUAACGAGAAAUCUAAAUGUGUAAUUUUACAGUAUAGUUGUUAUAUUACGAGGAUGAAGUGAUACUAUUUUGAGGAUAAUGUUGUAAGAGAGAUAAAUAGAUGGAAAUUUAGGCUUUACUCUCAUAAUGUUAUGACUUGUAAUAUAAAAAAUUGACUGACUUCGUAUUAGGACUUUAUUUCCCUUGUAAUAUUACAACUAUAUUCUCAUAAUGUUAUUUCUUUAUUUUCCGGUGUAUAACUACAUUAUUUUCUCAUUUCUGAUUCUUCGAUAUGGCCCGAAUACUCCCUCAUAGAACCAGCAGUUGGUUCACUAUGGAUUAGAUCAGAAGAAUUCGAUUUAAUUAUCAGAUAGCAUCAAACGGUAGCAUCAAACCCCUUUUAAUUUUACAUUACAUCUUUGAAGAUCUUGCUAGCGAUGAAAACAGACGGUUUUGCUAACCAAGAAAACAAAUAUAUUUUUGAGAAUAUUUUUUCAUGUACGCAUACUUACUCAUAAUCCCAUAAACAAAAAUAAGUCAAAUCCAGUAUUUAGUUGUUUCCUAUGGCUUAAAGUAAACUAUGCAUUAUAGAAUUAACAAUGGACAAGUCAAUAAAUGCACCUGAAGAUAAAUCCAGUCAGUCUUUAGCCUAAAUUUAUCAGGAAUUGUGCCAGAAAUCAAAUGUGUGCAAUACAUCUUAACCAGGUUAUAUCGUUUUGUGGGCCAACCUUGACAUUUUAAGUCAAGGGAUUGAAUCUGUCAUCAUCUCAGAAAAAAAAGAAAAUGCUUUGUGAGUGGUGCGAAGCUCGUGGAAAGCAACAGCUAAACACGAGUCCAGAAGCCUGAAAAAGACAUCCUGCUAGCUACCGAGGAAACUGAAAAUGGAUCGUCCAUGUCUCAUUUGCAUAACCUAUUCACAACCAUUUUAAAAUAAGGUGUAGCUGCAGGAGGCAUACUUUUGGGCCAGUGACUUCUGUGAAAAAUGUUGUGGUGCAGAAAAAGGAUGACAAUUUUUGUGUACACCCAGUUGUCGUGUUUACUUCACUGCGGAUCAGAGCUGAGGCCAUCUGGCUUCACAAACCUGAAGGUCUUUACAUAGAUGUUUGCUGCGAUAUUUAAAAACUUGUACAUAUAACCUUUAAAGACAAGUGGCAACUCAAAAAUGUAAUCACUAGAUUAUUUUUAGUGGAGGCUCCAUGUGAUGAAAGCAGCAUCAUUUUGUCCACAUUUGAAUCCUUUGCAGCAACAGAGACAAGUUCCUGUGACCAAAACGUUCAGUCACAUUGAUACUUUUUGUGCUAAUAUAGAGAAACUGAAUUUGCAUCACCAACCUGUGACACCAAAAGUAGCUGAUCAUAAGGUAAUAGAAUAAUUGUCCCUUAUUAAUGUGGAUUAAACCAGAAAUACACGGUAGGUAGCAAUUGGACAUUAUUGUGGAAGAUGCACAGCAACAGAGCCUCAUAUCCACAUUCUGAAGAAAAGAAUAGUUAUUAUACAAGAUUAUUGAAGAAUGAUGAGUACGUGCAAGAUAAUGAUGGUCAAUCGUGACCACAGUGUGAACAGUGAUAGCCAUCGUUGCUAUAUUUGGCUGCCAUUAAAAGGCUUGAAUUAAAUCAACAUUUUUCUCAAACAAUUGUAAAACAUGUUAAAUAUACAGUGGGAUAAAUGGAGCAUGGGCACUACUGUUUUCUUCCAAUCCGACAGAAAGGGCAGAAUUUCCUGAAGGUCCUAACACAGUAGAGUAGGUGAAGCAGACUUAAGUGUAUUUGACAGUUGAGCCUGCGCGGUUGGUCUUUUUUCCGAGGGAUGAUUUCCCAUAUAGAGUGUGCUCUCCAGCUGUCACCCUGGUACCAUUCUACACAGCAUACAUGCGUUAAUGUGUACGUAAUAAAUCUGCUGUAGCAUAAAUCUAGUGCAGGUGUCAUUUACACUCAACUUCAGCUGGUGUCUGAUUUCUGCAUCUAGGCUAAAUAAAGGAUGGUACAGCAGCGUUACGCCCACUCAACUUGUGUCCAAUGCUCAUGUCUCCAAGUGUGUCAAAUUCCUGGCGUAAGAUUAGACAUUUGGUCAAAGCUUUCACGUAUAUGCUGAUGCGGAGGUGUUGCAGUUACUGGUUCUCUGCAGUGUUGUCAGUCAUGGACCAUUACACUGCAGUCUGAACUGUUAUUCAUACACAGGCACACAGCGCAGUCACAGUGGCAAUACAACCAAGCUCUGCUGUCGAAAACUUUGUCAAACACAAACGUUGUCGUAAGCCUGUCUUGAGUGUGGGCGGGGCCAGUGUCGAUAUAGACAAAGCCAUGCAAACUCUGUGUGUUUGUGUCAAACGCUAUAAGAACCAUAGACUUAAUAAAGAUGGACGACACAACAGCUGCUGCCUUAAAGCUGGCUGCAUAAAUCCUGCCUCCUCCAUGUUGGCGGAUGGGACACGUUAGUCAUGGUCAUUGUUUUUUGAUGCUAUAAAAACUAUAGUUUUUUUUCUUUAAUCUUUAUUUAUUGUAAUCUCUCUCUUUGAGAACAGGACUUUUUCACGUACAGAUUUUGUAACACUCUCACUCAAACCCCUGUGCUUGAACUCAAAUAUAUCCUGCUUGUUCUUAGAUUUCCUGCACUGCAGAUCCAGCUCCCCGUGCUCGCACUGAAUCUGUGCGAGCGGGAAACGUCUGCUCCUGGAUUUCUGCUCUGCUCUUCGAUAUUUUUCUUGUACGCUUGGAAUUUAUUUUUGAGUUUUUAGUGAAAGCAUUGCAAAAUCUGAAGGUGAAAUCAAUAAGUCCUGCUCUCAAAUUGAAAAUCAGUAUGAGAUGUCAUGAUUGACGCCAUCAGUCAAUUGUUACUGUGCAGACUUUGGCUCAAAAUGGGCUAGUAACCAGGAUAAUUUUUUUUAUUAAUGGAUAGUGGAAAGAAGCAGUGACGUUUCGUGUCGUCCAUCUUUACAUAGAGUCUGAGAGUAUAUUGAGUUUCGCAAUAUACAAACGUAGAAUUAUGGCCUACUGUACCUGUAUUUAAUAUAUUAAAUCUGAAAAAUGAAAACUGUAAUAAAAUUAUAUGCUUUAUUUCUUUGGUAUAAUUCACAAAAUGAUUUGAGAUUACUUGAGAAUACAUUUUCCACUGCUUUGUCUCAUUUUGCAGCCAGUACAUUGUGUCAGUGUCUGUGCCAUCUCAAGUAAGGCUGGUGAUCCCGACAUCCCAAUGACACACAAACCUUCCUACCCUUGAGUAAAGUCCUUUUUUUUAAUAAUCCAAAUCAAUUUAGGGAUUUUUCAUUGACACUAUUGUAAUAUUUUUUAUUCUACAUCACAAUUCUUAUGAUUUUCUUUAUCUUAAUGAGCAUGACACUGUCAUUUUAAUUGAAGAAAAAAGUUCCUUAUCAUGUGUUUUCUGCAGGACAUUAUUAUAAAGUGUCUUGAUGCCAAGAUCCAGCUCAUCCCCACUGACACACAGUGAAGUGGGACUGGUCCCAGUUACUCUGACAUUAGCCUCAUUUUAAUAGCAGGAACAAACAUUAUUGAUUAUUGAGCAGUAGCUUCUGUGACAUUUGUUCUUCAGCUCUACAAAAUAUUUGUGAAAGCGAUCAUCAUUUCUCUUUCUGACGUCACGUGUCAAAAAUCUGGUCAUUGUUUUGUACUGAGAUAUGAUACCACAUUGCAGAUGUGCAGAUUUGACCCUGGACACGAGCGCUGCUGUUAGCAUCAGGUUUGUAUGAGGAAGAGGCUGAAUGACAGCUGUUAGUUUCUGACUGAUAUUAAGGGAACAUCUUCUGUCUUACAUGAUGUAAAUAAAAAAAACACAAGUAUCUUUAAUAAGGAAGAAAGACUCUGGCUGUUCCUGUUCAUACAUGCAUUUUAACAUUUGUUUAAACAUGAAUGUGUGUGUGUGUGUGUGUGUGUGUGUGUGUGUGUGUGUGUGUGUGUGUGUGUGUGUGUGUGUGUGUGUGUGUGUGUGUGUGUGUGUGUGUGUGUGUGUGUGUGUGUGUGUGUGUGUGUGUG